UGUGGGACAUCCCCUUUGUCACUUUUUUCCGGUGAAACUACAUCUCCCAGAAUACUUAGUGGCAAGCAAGAGCCAGUGGAGAGUGAAAAAUACAUUUCCCAGCAUGCUUUGCUGCAAAGAGACUCCAGCCUCCAGCAUGCCUUGGGGCAUACAGCUCUGGAGUUUAGCCUACAUUUCCCAGAAUGCUCUGAGGCAGCCUAGGCAAGAGGAGUUUGCAAGAGGAAAUGGGGGGGACUCCCUUUCCCAGGAUUCCUUAGAAGCCCAGUUUACCUGGCUGGGCGUGGCCAGGUAGGCACACAGGUGAGUGAGGUGGAGGCUGCAAAGGGUGGGAACUGGAGGUGUUUCAGGUGUGUAUGGGAGGAGGAGGCCCCGCCCCCUGCACACCUGAGCCACAGGUAAGGCAGGUGAAUGGGAAGAAACGGAGGGAAAGGAGGAAGGAGGAAGCUGGCAAAAAGGAGGAUAGAGCAAAGGAAGAGGAGGUCAUCUGUGGACCCUUCAUCCACCUUCCAGAUACUACAAAACCCAUCAUCCCCCAAAAAACUCCCUCUCCAGGGGAGGACAUGGCAUCACCCCUUUCUCCGGAGGACCACUGGACCCCGAAACCGGCUCCGGCCAAACCUCUGACGGAUCUGGAUUUUCGUUCCGGGGAGCGGAUUGAAGAACUCAACCAACUCAUCCAGGAAUAUGAAGCCAGGAAUCUGGGCACGAUCCGGGAUGCGCCCGAAUUGCACCAGGCCAGGGACCACGUUUUCUCCUUGCUGGGUUUGGUCCACAAAUCUGACCGGAAGCUUCCACAGGUCAACCAGUACCUGAUUCUGUCUGGCGGGGUGCAAGACGGCACCGUUAACAUCAACCUGGGCCACCUGGACCCACUUUCUCCUGGUAGUGACUAUGAUGCCGCUUUCACCCUCCUGGUGCCUGUCUUGAAUGCAGCCGGGGUCCCUGUGACUUUGGACAUGAAGCAAAGCCCACCGGGCCACACGCGGUUCAGCCUCCGGCCCUUUGAGGUCAAGACCUCUGGCCUUUGGUCAGAGUGUUGCCUGGGCAAUGAGGACGACCUGGCCGCCGACCGGGUUGCCGAAUGGUUCUUCCAUGCUUUCGCCACUUGCGUCAAAGACGAGAGGGUGGAGAAGCGCGGCUGCAUCACCUCAGUCAUCGUUUCUGCCAGGUCCCUCCGCAUCCUCUACGACAUCAUCCCUGUGGUGGCCUUGAAAGGUUGGCCAGAAGUGGCCCGACCGUGGCUAACUCAGGCCCACUUCUGGGACGGCAAGUUGAAGGACGAAGACGUGGCCGGUGGCUUCUACCUCCUGCCAUCCUCCGGAGCGGAUUGGCGCCUGGCCUUCUCGGUGAGUGAGUUGCACCUGCGGCAGAUUCUCCCAUUGCCGUUGGCUUGGGCUUUCCGAGCCACGGUGGCCAUCUUGGGCUGCGGCCGUCCAUUGAAAGGCGUGGGGCCGUACCACCUCUUCACCUUGGCCCUGUGGUCGUGCGAGCGGCUUCCGAGCAGCUACCUCAGCCGGGAGGAAAACGCCGCCCACGCCAUGUUGGGCCUUUUGGACCACCUCUUGGCUAGCUUGGUGGAAAGGCGGUUGCCCAGCUACUUCCUCCCCGAAUGGAACCUUCUGGAAGGGCUUUCCCGGCAAGCCCUGGGGAGCCUGGCUCAUGAGGUGGCCCAUGCCAGAGCCCAGCCUUCCCAGUAUCUCCGCCAAGCGGUGGAAAAGGCGAAGGAAACCAAGCGGCUAACCAAAGCCUUUAGGGACCAGAAUUCAGCAUCUGUGGCCCCCUAAUUUUCAACAUGGUUUUGGGGUCACAGGCCAUUAUGGCUCACGUUCUUCAGACCAAAGAAGUGACAACAACAAGACCUUCCCAAAGCAGGAACUUCCUGGUCACAAAAAAGUGGACUAGUGGUCAGAGUCAUUGAAGGGUCAGUCAUCAUGCCUUCAGUUAGAGAAAAUGGCAGAAAUUGGAGACCUAAAAUGGCUGCCUUCUCUGGACUGGAAAUGGCUCUAACGGAAGAGUGGGAAUCAUGUGGCCUCCCAGGUUUGGUUGGAAUACAGCUGCCAACAUCCCUCGUCACUGGCUAGGCUGGCUGGGGAUGAUGGAUGUUGCAGUCCCAUCACAGCCAGGGUGGCUGCAGGAAAAUUUGAGGCACUGCAUUUACCAGUUAAGAGGGACAUAGGGUUGGAAAGAAGGCAAAGAUGGUUUCUGUGAUGAUAAAGUUACGGAAGAAGUGGGGAUGAGGCCUGGGAUAUGUAGUUUGACUGUAAAUCCCAGCAAGCCCUGAGCAAGGUUUGCCAAACUGUGGAAUGCUGGGAGUUGAAGUCCAAAAACUUCUGGAGGGAUGCUAAGCAAUUCCAGCUCCUGUUGUAUGUAUAUGGUGUCUUGUCUUCCUUUUACUGCACAGCACGCCAAAUGUGGUCAGACUACAACUCCCACCAUCCUUGUCAAGAGUGAGGAAUGUUGGGAGUUGCAGUCAAACAAUAUCUGGACGACU